CCAAGCUCAUACUUCUACGCGGCCUUAAUGAAUGGUAGAAGAAGAAGGACCGGAAACUCAGUCAGUUUUCCGGUUGCUUAUAAAAGAUCCGCUCUACUACAUCAUAUCACCAGAAUGCCAAAAUCAAAGGAAGUACUGUCCUCCACUUCUGGAAGUGAUUCCGACAGUGAAGUAGAGACCAAGGCAAAAAGAAAGAAGUUAAAUGCACCAGAGAAACCUGCUAAAAAACCAAAGAGUGGUGAGAGUUCCAAGCCAGGUGGCUCAUCCAAAGGCAGCAGUAACAGUGAUGAGAACAUGUUCCAGAUUGGAAAGAUGAGAUAUGUCAGUGUCAGGGACUUCAAAGGUAAAGUCCUGAUCGACAUCAGAGAGUACUGGAUGAAUCAAGAUGGGGAGAUGAAGCCAGGGAAAAAAGGUAUCUCCCUGAAUCCAGAACAGUGGAACCAACUGAAGGAACAGAUUUCAGAAAUUGAUGAUGCUAUUAAGAGAAUAUAAGCAUUCCUUUUAAUGUUAUCAGUUGAGCUAAUUGAACAUUUUGGCUAAUCAUUUUUGUUAAGAGCUUGGUAUUGUUUUCUAAUAGACUUCUUUAAUUAGUAGUUGAAUAGAUCUAGUUUUGUCUAAUACUCUUGUUUUCCUUGUGAAAUUUGUUUUUGAGCUUUUGUAGUAAAGGUAUGGGUUAAUGAGUAGGUGGUUGCUCACUUGGUAAUAGGGUGUCAAUACAGUUUUUGUCUUGAACAAAAAAAUGAGUCACUAGCUUAAUAUUGCUUAAUUAAUGCGCAAGUUCAUGUUCACAGUUUGACCAGCAUGUAAAUAUACAUCAGGGCUUGUUUCAUCUGAUCUUUAUAAUGUAUAGUAACCAAUAUCAGUGCUCUUCAUUUCUUAUAGCUGAGCCCAGUCUGUCAUGUUGUACUUGCAGCUAAUUAGAUUCAUUGUGAGCCAUGGUUUAGCUCUUGAAAAUAAAAUAAAAGAAACUGUUUAACUGGAA